AUGUCGUCAGAAAGUACAAUCAACGAAUCAGACCAAACUUUGCAACCGCCAUUUAAAAUGCCUCGAGCACCACCUCAUGUUUAUUCCUGUUUUGUCGUUAAUCGUACGCAACAUCCUGUAGAAUGUAUGGUUCACUAUGAUGGUCGUCCAGGUGAAGACAAAUUCAAUGAAGAUGUUCAUGUCACUAUUCCAGCGAAUGAUGAAAAAUUUUUUCCUCGUCGUUUAUUUCAACCAGAUUUACCUGAUUCGUAUUGCAAAUGGGUCAAGAUUGUGACACAUAUUAAAGUGAAGAAGCACAAUGGUAAAGUGCUUGAAGUCGAUUAUCCAUUUGAUCAUGUUCAUUGUCCAGUUCGUAAUUGGGAAUUUCAUGUUUGUGACGAUGGCGAUAUUUUAUCGAAACCACCGAGUCGUCCUGUAAACUUAUUAAAAUAUGAAGGACUUGAUGAAUACGAACGAUAA